ACGACUUUCUUGUAGGGACAUGCGUGAUAACUUUGACUGACCCUGCUGUUGCGCAAACUUGUCCUUUUAAAUGCGAAUAUCAGUUAAGCUGGAGGCAGCAGCCAGCACAACGGUACUCCAUAGAAAAAUGAACCAUCAGAGCUGAGAAACAGGUUACUGGUCUCUCGUGACUUGUUUUUCCUCAUGUGUCUUUCAGUGCGGGACAGGGAGUUGUGAAAUCACGUCGUCUUUGCUUUUGAGGACAGCUCAUGAAUCUCAGCUGAUUCCGGUAAACCACAAGCUGAACCUAUAAAGCGUUUAAGUCCGUGGCUGUUUUCAGACUUGCACAUUUCCAACACUUGCCUACUGUUCCUUGAACCUUGGCAAUGAUUGGCUGACAACCAGGUGGGUGGAUCAGCAGGAAAAAAAAAAAAAAGCAAACAUCACCCCAGGCUUUGCCACUCUGUACCUCUCUUUUGGCUGCACAGUUCACUUUUGGCUCAGGUCAGACACCCGCUCACCUCGCCGCUUCUCUUCUUCAGUCAUGACGAUGACUGUUGCCAUGGUGAUGCUGUGCAUGAUGAUGGUACAUGCAAAUGUGAAGCCGCAGAAAGAUUUUAACCUGCAGAAGUUUGCAGGAAAAUGGUAUCGCGUGGGGGUCGCCUAUGACUCUCCGAGUUUCGUCCCAUUCCGAAGCAAAAUUAAGGCCUCCAUGGGCACCAUCGCGCCGCUGCCAAACGGCAAUGCUAAUCUCACAAUGUGGGAGGCAACACCCUUUGGUUGUGUGAGCAAAAAGUACCAGUAUGAGAGGGCCAGUGUACCUGGACAGUUCACCUACUUCAGUGCACGCCAUAACAUGGUGAAGGACAUCACUGUGGUGGAAACAAACUACACUGACUACGCCAUGGUCCUUAAGCACAAGGUUUUCAACAGAGAGUACACACAGGCGGCACUUUAUGCUCGCACUCUGAGCGUCAGGCCUGAGGUCGUACAGAAGUUUAAAACCUUUGCCUUGUCUCGCGGUUUACCAAGAGAGUCUAUUGUGAUUCCACCUCCAGCAGAAAAUUGCCCGCCAUCAGGACCUGGACAUUAGGUUCCCUGCUGUGCCUGAGAUGAGGGUGGCAUCAUGUGUUCUUCGUGCUGUUCCAGCUCUGUGUCUCUGUCCAGUUUCUGACAGCAUUUAUGUAUUAUAAACUAUUAUUAAAAAAAAAAAAACUUCAGCAAACAUGAUGCUGACUGCAAAUGGCACAAGCAGCAGAUAUUGCUGAUUACAUUUAUCCUAUAGAUCAACCUUGAUUAUGUAGUGUUUUCCAUUAUUUUCACAGUUCACAUAGUUAAAUAAACAUUCACCUCCAGACUUUUAUUAAUUUAAUUUGAGGGUUUUUUUUUUUUGUAAAAUUAUGGUUACAUGUAAAAUAUGUUAGUAUGUAAUUCUGUGUUUUACUGUGAUCUAUAUGUUCAUCGCCUGACAGUUACCUCUACCAGCUAUAAUAUUGGCGAUAUAGUCAUCAAUAUAUCAAUAAAUAUAUUUCUGAUCAGCUGCA